CUGUGCAGGUGGGUCGCAGGCGCCAUUUUGGGAGACGCUCGUGCAGUGGCUUCUGAGGGAAGGAAAGUUCGUAGCUACGAACCGCAUGAAAUUAGGCUAACAUUUUAUACACUUUACAUCAUCCAACAGACCGGAGCAGUUCAUUGUGAAUAGCGAAUAAAAAAGCUCUUGCUGUUUGGCGAGUGAGGCCAGCCGCCACUGAAUCAUUUGUUGAGGUAGCGAUUUGUUUUUUGAGUAGCUAGCUAGCUAAAGCGGAAGAGCGAAAACAACUGGCUGGCUAGUCGGAGGUCAAGAGAGGCCUGCGGAGCGAACGGGAAGGCGACGCGGAGACGGACUGCUUUGUGCUGAAACUGGAAAAAUAUCUGUCUGAGCUUAAGGACAAUAUGGCAGACGAUUUCGAUAUUGAAGCCAUGCUUGAGGCGCCAUUUAAGAAGGAUGAGAUCAAGCCCUCUAGUACCAACGGCAAUGAGGAGCGCAGUAAGAAGAAAAAGAGGAGCAGGAGCCGGAGUCGCAGCGCGAGCCGCGACAAGCGGAGAAGCAGGAGUCGGGAUCGCAAAAAGAGCCGGGACCAGAGGCGGAGCCGGAGCCGGGAAAAGAAGCGCUCGCGCAGCAAAGAGCGCCGCCGCUCCCGCUCCCGCAGCCGAGAGCGCAGCGGCCGCUACAGAGCCCGCAGGAGCCCUUUCUCUGGCCCGAAAUUUAACGGUGGUUCCAGAGGGAAGAUUGGCCCACCUCUUGCCAUCAAAAUAAGUCGGAGACGUUCCAGAAGCCGGAGCCCCUUUAAGAAGGAUAAGAGCCCUGUGAGGGAGCCCAUCGAUAACUUGACGCCCGAGGAGAGGGACGCCCGCACGGUGUUCUGCAUGCAGCUGGCCGCCAGGAUCCGGCCCCGCGACCUGGAGGAGUUCUUCUCCGCAGUGGGAAAAGUGAGAGAUGUCAGAAUGAUCUCUGAUAGGAACUCCAGAAGGUCAAAGGGCAUCGCAUACAUUGAGUUUGUGGAUGUGAACUCGGUGCCGUUGGCCAUCGGCUUGACAGGACAGAGGCUUCUGGGAGUCCCCAUCAUAGUCCAGGCCUCUCAGGCGGAGAAGAACAGGGCUGCCGCCAUGGCCAACAACCUGCAGAAGGGCAAUGCUGGGCCCAUGCGCCUGUAUGUGGGGUCCCUGCACUUCAACAUCACCGAGGACAUGCUACGCGGGAUCUUCGAGCCCUUCGGCAGGAUUGAAAGCAUUCAGCUCAUGAUGGACAGCGAGACCGGUCGAUCCAAAGGAUACGGCUUUAUCACGUUUGCUGACGCAGAGUGCGCGAAGAAGGCCCUGGAGCAGCUGAAUGGGUUCGAGCUGGCCGGCAGGCCCAUGAAAGUGGGUCACGUGACGGAGCGCACGGACGCGUCCACCGCCAGCUCCUUCCUGGACAGCGAUGAGCUGGAGCGGACGGGCAUCGACCUGGGGACGACGGGGCGGCUGCAGCUGAUGGCCAGGCUGGCGGAAGGCACCGGGCUUCAGAUCCCCCCCGCAGCUCAGCAGGCCCUACAGAUGAGCGGCUCCCUUCCUUUUGGCGCCAUGGCGGCCGUGACAGAUUUGCAAGCAAGGCUGACUCAACCCCCAGAAGCUGCCGCCAUCAACCCUGCUUUGAACUUAAACCUGAACAUGAAUGUGAACACUCCCCUGAACCUACCAACACAGCCUCUGGCAACACACUGCUUCCAGCUCUCCAACAUGUUCAACCCGCAGUCGGAAGAAGAGCCUGGAUGGGAUGUUGAAAUUCAAGAUGACGUCAUUGAAGAAUGUAACAAACAUGGCGGGGUCGUACACAUAUAUGUCGACAAGAAUUCCACUCAAGGUAACGUGUAUGUGAAAUGUCCUACAAUCCCUGCUGCCAUGGCUGCAGUCAACGCUUUACAUGGACGGUGGUUUGCAGGUAAAAUGAUCACAGCAGCAUACGUUCCCCUCCCCACCUAUCACAACCUUUUCCCCGAUUCGGUCACGGCCACCCAGCUUCUCAUGCCCGCCCGCCGAUGAUUCCGGGAAAAUUGACCCCCCCCCCCCCACGGAAUCGACGCUUGGAUGCCUGCUGGCCGAACUGUACAGAGCCAAACUGUUUCCCUGUUCGGAGAAGAGCGAAUCUCUCUGAUCAGCUGUACAUAGGGUCCCAGGGCAGCAUUUUGUGGCUCAAAUAAAUCAUUUCUCAUCCGUACACCGUUUAAAGGAGGCUCCGGUCUCUGCACAUGCUCGGUAAUUUUGUGGAGUUUUUAAAAUUUAGAACAUUAUAUGCAACAAUUUCAGAAAAGCAAGGCUUAAUUUCCGUAACUGCACACCUGCACAGGUAAAAGUUGUAGGCGUCAUGCGUUAAGUUUCAGUAUGUAUUGUAACGAAGGGACGGUAGUUCCAGCUUACCUAACGUCUGUCUUUUUUUCCGGAUAUUUUCAUUUGUACAUCGUUGUACCCGCAGUUGUCUUGUGAUUUAGAGGGGUUUUUUGUUGUUUCUUCACUGGAAGUGUACAAUUAAGAUGCAAAAUACAUUCAGACACCAAAAAAGAGCAGAACUUCCUAACCUUUCAGAGGAGUGAACAUUUGGGCUGUACUUUUUGUCUGCAUAUGGUUUGUUUUUAAGCUCUAUGAGCUCUGGAAUCUAUGUGGUAUUUGUUCAUUUGUGUUCAUUCAGAGACCACCCUGUAUUUCUAACUUUUUUGUAAUCAAGAUUUGAUUUUGUAAAGAGCUCUUGAUUAAAAUUUCUUUAAAAUGAA